AUGGUAACAAAAGGAGCCAUGUUGUGGCUGGCCUGUACGUAUGACCUGGACGGAGGGACACUUGGACAUCUACGGUGGAGGGAUGAGGAGGUUAGAACGGUUAUCUUAGCCAUUCCUACAUCUACACCUCAAUGUUCUACAUCAUUUCCUGAUAACUACAGUAUAGACUGUAACCUAGCCUCUAAUGAAGUCAGACUUGGGAUCCUUAACCCUGUACAUGGUGAUACAUACACCUGUAGUGUAUACCUGUCGGAUGCCACGCUGAACGGAUGGGUGUCAACACAGGUGUUUAUUAUUGUACCUGUACCCAACGUUACCUUAACUUCCCCUGUCAGUGACACAGUCACAGUGAAACCAGGCGGCAGUCAGGUGUACACGUGUGUGACCGGAAGUUGUCGUCCUCCUGCCCGGAUAGACUGGUACAAGGAUGGUGUAAACGUCACAAAUCAGACCGGAAGUGUUAGUAAUGACGGUGACGAGUUUGUGACCACCAGUUCGUUUACACUGACCGGGGCCAAAGAUGACAGACCAGCCACUGUCCAGUGUAGGGCUAGUAACGUGGAUGGAAUGACCCCUGUCCAGUCCGGUGUUAAAACACUAGUUGUUCAAUUAUCGGCAGAGCCGAGUAUUGAUAUACAACCUUCCCCCGUUGCAAUGGGAACAAAAGGAGCCAUGUUGUGGCUGGCCUGUACGUAUGACCUGGACGGAGGGAUACUUGGACAACUACGGUGGAUGGAUGAGGACGGAGGUACUAUCGCCGCAGUCACUCCUACAGCUACACCUACAUGUUCUAUAUUAUCUCCUGAUAACUACAAUAUAGACUGUAACCUGGACUCUAAUGAAGUCAGACUGGGAAUCCUCAACCCUGUACACGGUGAUACAUACAGCUGUAGUGUCUACCUGUCCGGCUUCACACCAAUAGGACGAGUGUCAACACAGGUGUUUAUUAUUGUACCUGUACCCAACGUUACCUUAACUUCCCCUGUCAGUAACACGGUCACAGUGACACCAAGCGGCAGUCAGGUGUACACGUGUGUGACCGGAAGUUGCCGUCCUCCUGCCCGGAUAGACUGGUACAAGGAUGGUGUAAACGUCACAACUCAGACCGGAAGUGUUAGUAGUGACGGGGACAAGUUUGUGACCACCAGUUCUUUUACACUGAACGGGGACAAAGGGGACAGUCCAACCACUGUCCAGUGUAGGGCUAGUAAUGUGGACGGAAUGACCCCUGUCCAGUCUGGUUUUAAGACAUUUGUUGUUCAAUGCCCGCCAGAAAUACCUACCAAUUUCCAAGAGAUAGAAACCACUGAAACAACCAUUAUUGUACAAUGGACAGAAGGUUUCAAUGGCGGCCGCCCCCAGACAUUUGUUAUUCUUUAUAGACCAGAGGGAGGAACAAAGACAGAAACAGUAUCAGUGAUAGAACAACAACAGUCAACAUACACCAAGGAAAUAACGGGUCUGAAACCAAACACCAGAUACCAACUCAACAUGUACGCUUAUAACGAAGAGGGGAACAGCUCACUCAGCAGUGUGGUGGAUAUUAUCAGUAAAACCAACCAAGAAUGUUCAUAUAAGGGAGAGAUGAUCUCGAAUCCCAAUGUGGCGUCCAUUGCACUUUUUAUAACAUCAUCGGUGAUGUUAGUUACCGCAGUGUCCUUGGUUCUCUGUAUUAUUUGUAGACGGACAUUAAGGGAGAUGAAAGGCAGAGAAAAAAAUCCCGUGGCUGAAGCAGGUGUAAACCUGCCUCUGUCUCCUGUAGGACAACAUGACAUUCCAACAGAGGGAUCACACUAUGACGAUUUGAACCUUGAGGAAAGAGAACCACCAUCAAAAUAUGAUUGUCUUGGUAGUAAUGCUGCAGGUGUAAACCUGCCUCUGUCUCCUGUAGGACAACAUGACAUUCCAACAGAGAGAUCACAUUAUGACGAUUUGAACCUUGAGGAAAGAGAACCACCAUCAAAAUAUGAGUGUCUUGGUAGUAAUGCUGCAGGUGUAAACCUGCCUCUGUCUCCUGUAGGACAACAGGAAAUUGCAACUGAGAGAUCACACUAUGACGAUUUGAACCUUGAGGAAAGAGAACCACCAUCAAACUAUGAGUGUCUUGGUAGUAACGCUGCAGGUGUAAACCUGCCUCUGUCUCCUGUAGGACAACAUGACAUUCCAACAGAGAGAUCACACUAUGACGAUUUGAACCUACAGGAAAGAGAACCACCAUCAAACUAUGAGUGUCUUGGUAGUAAUGCUGCAGGUGUAAACCUGCCUCUGUCUCCUGUAGGACAACAGGAAAUUGCAACUGAGAGAUCACACUAUGACGAUUUGAACCUAGAGGAAAGAGAACCACCAUCAAACUAUGAGUGUCUUGGUAGUAAUGCUGCAGGUGUAAACCUGCCUCUGUCUCCUGUAGGACAACAGGAAAUUGCAACUGAGAGAUCACACUAUGACGAUUUGAACCUUGAGGAAAGAGAACCACCAUCAAACUAUGAGUGUCUUGGUAGUAAUGCUGCAGGUGUAAACCUGCCUCUGUCUCCUGUAGGACAACAUGACAUUCCAACUGAGAGAUCACACUAUGACGAUUUGAACCUAGAGGAAAGAGAACCACCAUCAAACUAUGAGUGUCUUGGUAGUAAUGCUGCAGGUGUAAACCUGCCUCUGUCUCCUGUAGGACAACAGGAAAUUGCAACUGAGAGAUCACACUAUGACGAUUUGAACCUAGAGGAAAGAGAACCACCAUCAAACUAUGAGUGUCUUGGUAGUAAUGCUGCAGGUGUAAACCUGCCUCUGUCUCCUGUAGGACAACAGGAAAUUGCAACUGAGAGAUCACACUAUGACGAUUUGAACCUAGAGGAAAGAGAACCACCAUCAAACUAUGAGUGUCUUGGUAGUAAUGCUGCAGGUGUAAACCUGCCUCUGUCUCCUGUAGGACAACAUGACAUUCCAACAGAGAGAUCACACUAUGACGAUUUGAACCUAGAGGAAAGAGAACCACCAUCAAACUAUGAGUGUCUUGGUAGUAAUGCUGCAGGUGUAAACCUGCCUCUGUCUCCUGUAGGACAACAGGAAAUUGCAACUGAGAGAUCACACUAUGACGAUUUGAACCUAGAGGAAAGAGAACCACCAUCAAACUAUGAGUGUCUUGGUAGUAAUGCUGCAGCCAAUGUGAAUACACAAGCUUCCACUGACGACAGACAAAUGUAUGAAUCCCUUGGCACAAGAAGUAAUGCGGCCGUAUAUGAUGAACUCGAAGGACCAGCAAGCCGUGCUCACGUUAUAAUCUGAAGAGACAAAUGAGACUUGUGUCAAUUCUGCGUUCACUUAACGUCCUAAUUAAGCAGAUGCUCUGACGUUGUAUAUGUCUGAUAUAUACGUGAUGAAGUAACAGGUAUACCUGAUUAUUUGGAA